GUCCCACUGUUGUGUAGAAGACGGAAGCAGAUCGGUCGCGGUUUGUGAGUGAUUCAAUUACAACAAAUGGUGUUACAAAAAAAAUUGAACAUACGUUUUAACCAGUAUUUAGGCUAGAUAGUAACAUUGUGCAACAAGCGUUAUACAAUAUCACAGAUCAAUCACAUAUGAUAGUUUCUGGAUAUUUUUCGGACAGUGAAGAGCGCAUGCCUUCACGGCCACAAGGUGUUUCUGUCCAGGUGGAGCAUCUGAAAAUUAGCCAUCUUCACUGUUGCAAUCAGAACUGAGGUGAUCUGCGGAAGUCCUUAUGUCGUCAUAAUUUACCUGCUUAUUCUGUCAAUAGUUGUAGUAGGUACCAUGUCAGACUUCACCAUCGAUAUCCAGCUGACAGAACUAGGGUUCCCUGACAUCUUGCAGCCCAGAGAAACAACCUGUGUGAAGGAAACACCAUCGCCUUCGGCCUCUAACAAUAUAUCCCCUUUAUCCCUGGCUAACCUCCAAACCCCCAGUUCCUCGCCGCCUCCUGCUGCUCUCACCCCCACAGCUGUGGUCCCAGAACUGGUCGAUGUAGAUCAGCUGGUUUCUGUAGACUCACAGACUGCUUCUACAGUUCAGCAGGUUGCCUCACAGACUGGCACUCAUAUUACAGUAACCCCAAAUCCAUGUGGUCCCCCUGAGACACUGACAAUACUCUGCCCACCCCCUCCUUCUACACACAAACCUGUGGCAGUGCCACACACUUCACGGCCUGUUAGUCCCAUAUUGCUACCCAAGAGUUUAGUAAGUGGUCAAAGCAAUAGCCUUCACCAAAACCCCAAAAUAACUAAAACUGUCCUGAUAUCUGUGUCUCGUAUUGGAGUUGGUACUGUGUUGACGUCUGUACCAGCUACUUCCACUCCCCCUGUUGAACACUUAAGAACCAUUACGAAUGAUUCUGAGCUGCCACUGGCAGACCAGACUGCAAUAUUUCAGACCACUCCAAAACCUGUAAACACAGGGACGCCAGGAAGGGCAGUUGCUGAGGAAGAAGAACCAGGUGAAAAAAUUGGAGGAGGGAAAGGUGUUUUCGAUGAUGGGAAAGUGCAAGAACCGAAAGAGAAAGAAGCAGAAGUUGCAAAGAGUUUAGAGGAGGAUUCUGAGGAAACAGAUGACAGUGAGGUUUCUGAGAAUGAGGAUGAUGACGAAGAGGAAGAGGAGGAUGAGGAACUGGACCCAGAAGCAGAGCCUGGAGGUUCAGGCGAACACCGCUGUAGCGUCUGUGACCUCGUCCUUUCCUCCAGCUUCCAGCUCCAGGAACACAUGAACCUGCACACAGGGGCACGCCCCUACUGCUGUGCCGAGUGUGGUAAGCGCUUCUGUCAGCUGGCCAACUACCGCUCCCACCUGCGGACGCACGCCCUGCCCCAGACCUCAGUCCCACCCGUACAGCUCCGCUGCCGUGUUUGCCUGAAGGGCUUCGAUUCUGAGCAGGGUUUGAAGGACCACCUAUCCAAGUCCCACUUUGAGAAGGAGUUCUAUGAGUGUGACGCAUGCAAGCGCAUCUUCACCUGCCUGACCAAGUGUGAGGAGCACCUGGAGGAGCACAAGCGCGAGCUGGCGGACCACGUGUGUCUGCAGUGCUGCCGCCGCUUCCGCCUGCGCCGCUCUCUCCGCCGCCACAAGGAGCGGGGCUGUGUCCGCAGCUAUCGCUGCACCGACUGCCCCAUGAACUUCAGCCGCAAGAAUGCCCUCCUCAAGCACAGCUUCUCCCACCUGGGCCUGCUGCCUUACACCUGCAUCCAGUGCCGUGCACAUUUCCGCCUGGCCAGGCUCUACCGUAAGCACGAGUGUGAGCCGGAGCGGCUCCACUGUGUGGCAUGCCUGGGCGUCUUUCAGAGCCACAACGACUUCCAGAGGCACAAGAGGGAGACGGGCUGCUGGGGCCAGCAGGGGACCAAGGGGGAUGAGAUCCGCUGUAUGGAGUGUGGCCAGGCCUUCUCCACGGCUGACGAGCUGAAGAAUCACGCCGGGGCCCACCAGAGGGUGAUGACCUGCUCCGAGUGCGGCAAGGGCUUCCGCUCGGCCUUGAUGCUGAUGUCACACAUGGGGGGCCACGCAGGGUCGAGGCCCUGUCUGUGUAAGAACUGUGGCCUGGGCUUCCCUCACCAGCAGGGUUACGAGAGCCACCUCAAGGACUGUGGACGCAAACCCCCUCCUGUGAUGGCUCCAAAGAAACUACGGAAGGACCCCCCUGCUGCUCCUUCCAAACCCCUACCCCAGCUCGCUCCAAGGCAUCUCCCUGCUCCUGUGAAGAAACCAGAGAGUCAAGUGUCAGCACCACUUCCUACUCUGAUGAGAAUGCCAGGCUCUGCCCCUGCCAGAGUCACUAUGGGAGUCCAUAACACCACUACUGUCCGUGUGGUGAGCCCUGACCAACCCACCAAGGGGCUGUGGAAGCUCAGCCUGGACAAACAGCCGCCUCCUGGGGUGUCCUUGGUCAUGUUUGUCCCUGCCAACACCCCUCUGGCCUCUGGCCUCUCUGGCCCAUCCUCCACCGCCCAGCUUCCAGCCCUCUCAGGCACCCAGUCCCAGUGGAAGGUCCUCAACCCAGCACCAAAUCCAGGAGCCCCUCCUCCGGUGCUGUGCCAGUCCAGCUUCACCUCUGAGCCGGGCCUGAGCCUCAUAGCAGAGGCAAACCGGCGCUACUCCUCUGAUGCCCCGCUGGAUCUGGCAUUAAAGACAGCUGACUACGAACAGGAGCCUGCUAAUUUACUACCUCUUGAUCUGUCUAACAAGUCGACUUGCUCCACUCCUUCUGCUAACCUUGUAGUCAAGACUGAACCGAGAGACCCUGGGUUUGCAGAGGAGACUGAGGAAGAAGUAUUCACAAGUUUAACAGGUGAUAAAAAGGGGAUAGUCUUUCAGAGUAAGAAGGAGCCAGGGGAGGAUUCUAAAAUGGAGGCUAUGGCUCAGAAGGGGGAAAAUGGAGAAGGGAGAGGAGAUGAAGACAGGCAAAAUGACAGCAGAGAUGAUGGAACAGCUCAGUCUCAAAUUAAGAAGGCAUCAAAGCCGGGAGUCCCGUCAACACUACAGCUCCUGACCGUCAAACAGAAGAACACUGCCAAAGUGGAUCCAGUGAAUCAGCUGAAAAUCGAGUCAGUCAGCUCUUUGCACUCCAAAAUGCUUCGGGGCUUAGUCCAUAUAAAGCAGGAACCACUGUCUCUAGAGCCUGACAGUGGAACACAGAGCACAGACUUCUGUUGGUCCAGCCCGCUGACAGCAUUGAAGAGGAAGAUGGAGCCAGACGUGGGGCUGGACUUGAGAUGGGAUGGGGGCACCCCAGGCUGUGUGCUUGACUUAAGGUUGAAUGGAGGGAACCCAGCCAGUUGUGAUGUGGCGGUGAAAGCAGAGGAGAGGAACAUGGAAGGAGACCGUGUAGAGGAAGCGCUUGAUGGUGGCGAGAAGGAUGGAGCAACAGAGGAGAGGAAAGCAGAUAAGGGUGGAUCGGAGGAGAGGAAAGAGCAGAAGGAUGGAUCGGAGCAGGAUGGAUCGGAGGAGAGGAAAGAGGAGGAUGGAACGGAGGAGAGGAAAGAGGAGGAUGGAACGGAGGAGAGGAAAGAGAAGGCUGGAUUGGAGGAGAGGAAAGAGAAGGCUGGAUUGGAGGAGAGGAAAGAGAAGGAUGGAACGGAGGAGAGGAAAGAGAAGGAUGGAACGGAGGAGAGGAAAGAGAAGGCUGGAUUGGAGGAGAAGGAUGGAACGGAGGAGAGGAAAGAGAAGGCUGGAUUGGAGGAGAAGGAUGGAACGGAGGAGAGGAAAGAGAAGGAUGGAACAGAGGAGAUGGAUGGAACGGAGGAGUCUGACACACCUGUUGAUGAACCCACAGCCCAUAACCCAGAGACACAGCUCCCCUCCUCUCCCAUCCCAUCUCCUCCCUCCUCACCACCAUGUAAAAGACGAAGGUCACUAAGGACAAGGGAAAAGCCUAGAGCCCUACACGACUGUUUAUUAUAAGGGCAGUACUUUACAGAGUAAAAAAUAAGAUUGCUGACAACAAUGUUAAUUAGGCUGCUUUUUAAUGGCCCGAGGAACAGAGGACAACAACCAAGCCUAAUGUAAAACAAUUCAUACUAGGCCUGUUAUUAAAUCAUAAUAGCAACACAUUUUGUGAAUUAGUGGUGAUUUUGAUAAACCAUGCCUCUACAUUAAUUUGCCCUCGGGAUUUGGUUGCCUUCCUGUAUUCCAGUGAUUUUUUUUGUUAGACAUUGCAAGUCUUCAAUAGCUAUGUUUAAUGUACCUGCUAGUGCUUACUGAGCUAGCCAACAAUCCUGGUUGUUAGCUGCUUACUGUGUGGCAAGCGAUUGAGAUUAGGGUAAAUAGUGGCUAUUGUUUUCUAUAUUACAGUAGUUGCGUAUGCUGGCAAUAGGAUCAUGCUCUUCUUCCAGUGUUACCGCACACAUUUCCAAACACUCCAUAUCUAUUUGACUAUACCAACAUAACUUAUUUGUUAUUUUUUUGUUAUAGGUUGUCUAGUUAGUCUUCAAUUGAAUGUCAUUGUAAUUUUGUAGUUUCUAUUCAAUAUAAGCUGCUGUAUGGGACUUCAGUCGCCAAGGUUUCUUAUUCAGGUACUGAUGGAGAAUGUUUGGGAGCCAGGAUUUAAUGUACUGUCAACUUUCUGAGAAAUGUUUCUCAACAGCUCGGUUUUUGUUUGAUUUGAGUUCCAUAAUGGGUAAAAUAUGCAAGAAAUAUGUGCUGUCCAAUUGUAAUGUUAAAUUUACUUGUAUAUCUUUUUCUAUCACGUUGAAUGUCUUACCCCAACUUCAACUGAAUGGUUACAGUGUUUUGUAGAGUUUUAAAACAUUCUGUUCAGAAAUUGGGAUCUUAAAGGAUACAAAUAAAGAUCAACGUGUCGGAAUGGUA